AAUAAAAUCGAAAACACAAAGGUAGCGUAGUAGUCGUGAGAAACCGAGUGGGCAAACUGAACCGGCGGACGUGAACCCGACGACGACCCGUUCGGCCGUUCGGUCUCUCGCUCGCUGACAAAGAGGUUGCUCACGUAGCAAAAGUGUCUAUUCACUUGAGAAGGAAUACGACGUCCGAGGGCCGGAGGAGUGCAUUGUGACAAGUGGCAAGUGGAAGCAGUCCCCGUGGCAAUCAUCUCGCAAAUUACCGAACCCGCGUUGCCCGUCCGUUGACGAGUUGAACGGAGUUGACUGGCAACUCCGCUACUAGUAGUACAAGUUCUUCGGGUCUAACUCUUCGGCACCGGCCGCGAAACGACGCGGACCGUCCCCAUAGCAACAGAAUGUGUCUCAACGAGCCUCCGUGCGGUGUCCAUUGAUGCGAGGUGCGUGUCCCGGGCGCGAUCCGUACGAUAUGAUGGUCUACCCGGACCCUCAAUGGACGUGCUCGACCACUACGCCCAUGCUCCAACUGUACGAAGACGCCGGAUAUCGCGUGAAUGUGGUCGAGGCCCUACAAGAAUUCUGGCAGAUGAAACAAGCGAGAGGUGCGGACCUGCGCAACGGCGCCUUGGUAAUUUAUGAAUCGGUGCCCUCGAACUCGCAGCCAUACGUCUGUUACGUCACGCUUCCGGGCGGUUCGUGCUUUGGAAGCUUCCAGAAUUGUCCAACAAAAGCAGAAGCAAGACGGAGCGCCGCAAAAAUAGCCUUAAUGAAUUCAGUAUUCAACGAGCAUCCUUCUAGAAGAAUUUCGGAUGACUUCAUCGAAAAAGCAGUGUCGGAGGCGAGAUCAUCGUUCAAAGGGGAUCAAGAGGAAGCUGAUAAUCCUAAUACGGGAAUAGGGGCGUUUAGAUUUAUGUUGGAAUCGAAUAAAGGUAGAACAAUGUUGGAGUUUCAAGAACUAAUGACAGUUUUUCAAUUACUCCAUUGGAAUGGUAGCUUAAAGGCGAUGAGGGAGAGGCAAUGUAGUCGGCAGGAAGUUGUCGCUCACUAUUCCAAUAGAGCCUUAGAUGAUGAUAUGAGAUCACAAAUGGCGUUAGAUUGGAUUGCAAGAGAACAAGAAUGUGCAGGAGCACUUAGGAGGGAGUUAAACCAGGCUGAAAGAGAACUGGAGUCUGCAAGACUGGCGGGAAGAGAACUACGUUUCCCAAAAGAAAAAAAAGAUAUUCUCGUCUUGGCGCAUAGUCAAGUAAAUAUGAGCUAACUGGCUUUUUUUUACGAAUGGUUAGCCACGGAUUGGCCAGUCCGAUGAUAUUGUUAUUAUUAUUACUAAUUAUAAGUGAGACUGUUGAAAUGUUGUUGUUGUUUGAGAAUGCUGUCGGCGGUCAGAGGUAUCCUCGUAAAUGGUACAUAGCCAACUAACAAGUCAACCUAUCCAUUCGUUGUUUCGCUAUUUUACCAUUUUACUUACGUAGGGACGUACGUUCUCGAAUGUAUUUGUAUGCAUUUCGCUCCUUUAAUAGUUUUUUUGCUACUUAUGUACUCUCAUAUUUACUUUCCAUAUAUGCGUAUACAUUUUU